UAUUUUAACGAAAGACACAUGGACGCGGCCUUGAUUGAACGCCGCCAUUCACCAUUGUUGGCAGGAAGAGAGAGAAUGAACUAUACACCUUAGCAAGAAGAAGUAUUCCUUGGAUCUUAAAUUAAUCAGAGGACGUUAACGAAUAUUAUAAUGGCUAGAAGCCGAAAGGAUAGUACAGGUAAAAGCGAUUCUGAGGCUACAGAUAAGGAAAGUAAAAGAGAGAGGGGUAGAGAAAAGGAAAGAAAGAAACGUGCUGCAUCUUCUUCCAGCAGUGGUAGCAGUUCAUCGGACAGUAGCUCAGGGUCAUCUAGUUCUAGCAGUGGCAGUAGUUCAAGAUCCAGUUCAUCUUCGAGUACCUCGUCUAGUACUUCUGGAAGCUCGUCUGGAAGCUCCAGAGAUAGAGGCCGCAAAAGAAGUCGCAGCAAGAGCGUUGAUGCAUCCAGACGACAUGAUAAUAAAGAAAAAGAAAGGGAGAAGGAUAGAGACAGGGAAAGGGAAAGGGACAGAGAUCGAGAUAGAGAAAGGGACAGAGAUAAGGAUAAAAAGAAAAGCAGUAAUUCUGUUGUUGAUAAACCAAAACCCAAAGGACGCUCCAGGUCUCCUUCUCCACGACGCAAACGUAGAGAACGCUCACCCAUUCCAAGGCCAACAAAGAUACAUAUUGGUCACUUGACCCGAAAUGUUACAAAAGAACACAUAAUGGAAAUAUUUUCAGCUUAUGGUCAAAUCAAAAUGGUUGACUUCUCAAUGGAUAAGCUUCACCCUAAUCAAGGGCGUGGAUUUGCAUAUGUCGAAUUUGAAACAGCCGAUGAAGCUGAAAAUGCUAUGAAACAUAUGGAUGGUGGACAAAUCGAUGGUCAAGAAAUAACAGCUGCACCAGUAUUGUUACCAAAACCAAGACCAAUACCAAUGCGCAGAAUGUCACCAGUAAUGGGAAGACGUGUACCAUUACGAUGGGGAGGUGGUAGAAAUACUCCUCCACGUUAUCGUAGACGUUCGCCGCCGAUGAAUCGACGCAGAAGUCCUCGCCCACCAAGACGUAGACCCAGAAGUCGUUCUCGAAGUCCACAAAAUAAUCCACGACAUCGACAUCGUCGAUACACAAGAUCCAGUUCGAGCAGUUCUCGAUAACGCUUUUCUUGUAUAUAUUAAUGUUACGAACUGAAUUUUCAUCAAAAAUGAAUUCAUCUGAUUGGUCGUCUUGGUGUAACGGAAAUAAGAAAAAGAAAAAAAAAAAAACAUAGAUAUGCGUAAAAAAACAACAAAAAAAAAGUAAAAAUAAAUAAAUAAGAAACAAUAAUAAAUAAAUUGAACGUCUGAAGGUGAUUUGUGUUUGCAGAAUACUUCUCGAAAUAUCUGCAUUUACAAUCAUUGAUUUUGCACGUUACGAAAAUCUUAAUAAUAAUAAUAAUAAUAAUAUUAAUAAUAAUGAUAAUGAUAUAAUGAUGAUUGAACGUUUUAUCAGUCACCAUGUGUCGUAUUGCGUUACUUUUAGAAAUAUAUUGAUUUCUCACAUGGUUUAUGUAUUAAAGCACUUCAUUGGUAUCUGCGAAUUAUACUCCGGUGAAAUUAUUUUAUGGAAGUUUCUGCAAAAAUAAUGUAAGAACUUAUUCUUAUCGUGAUGAGUAUAUUAUCUUAACCAAUAUCACAAUAUGUAAAAUAAUAUAUAAUAUCUUCUGGAAGAGCUUAUCGGAAAAUUGCAGAGAUUAGAAAUGUAAAAGAAGCCACAGUAAGACCGUUGAUGCAUCCAGAUAACAAUAUAUAUAUAUAUAUAUUUUA